ACGUGCCGAGUCCCCCGGGGCGGCCCAUGGUGCUGCGUCACGAGUCCCGGCUGGUCAACCUCAGCUGGGCUCCCAGCAAGUACACCAAUAAUGCGCCGAUCGAGUACUACGUGGUCCAGACCAGAUACGGCAAGAGUGGUCUGUGGCCGAGCGUGGAGGCCGGCCAGCGGACAGUCAGCAAUCACACCAACAUCACCAUCUCGGGCCUGACUCCCUUCACGGUCUACACGUUCAGGGUGGUAGCCAUCAACGCGUUGGGCCACAGCCGGCCGAGCACCAUCUCCUACCCGGUCAACACGCAGCGGGAGCGUCCCGGCAUAGCCCCGAACCUGACGUUCGCCCGGAACCGGUCGUCCACGUCUAUAGAGGUGGGCUGGGAGCCGCCGGCCAAUUAUACCCUGCACGGAGAGUUCACUGGGUACCGAUUGACGUACCGACCGGUGGAACCUAGCCGGACGCCGGGCACAGUGACAGAGGUGGACCUGCACGACAUCUGGCUUAGGAAAUAUUUUAUCGAUGGCCUGCAGCCAUUUACCAGGUACGAAAUAACACUUCAAGUGAAGAACCCCGAGUAUCUGAGUCCACCUGACACCAUUUCUGCCGUAACUUCUCAAGGAGUUCCGUCUCGGCCGGACAACGUGACGUUUCUGGAGGUGACUGACCGUAGUAUGGUGCUCGGCUGGACACCUCCCCGGCAGCCUAACGGCCUGCUGCUGGGCUACACCGUGUACUGGACUUCCCAGCAGGCUGCCGUGCGCAGUGUUACCGUGUCCGCCGGAGACGUCACCUCUUACACCCUGACCACGCUCGAUCCAGACCAGGAGUACACCGUAUGGCUGAAGGCACGCACGGUCGCCGGAGAGGGGGACCGCUCGUUCCCAGUGACGUCACGAACUGACGUCAGUGGCCCAGGGGCGCCCGUCAUCACUAACAUCAGCUGUCCUAGCGAUACGUCACUGGUGCUGCACUGGCGGCGACCAAAACUCAUCUACCGCUCUGUGGAUAUGUACUUUUUGCUGUACCGGAGCAACCAGAGCUGGGACUUUGUGGAGCGCCACGUUCCACUGAAAGCAGACGGACUCAACUUAUCGAUAAUUCUCACAAACCUAACUACGAAUGAAAUCUACGAGCUGCGCAUUCAAGGGGCCACCUUCUCAGUGCUAGUUCCGAAGAAAAUAUACAAAGGCCAGCAGUCUGCCUCGGCAAAGGUGCGUAUGGAGCGGAACUGUCAGCAGAUUCAGCUGUUCAGCACGUGGCGUCACCAGCCCAGCACGGCGCUGGCUGGCGCCCAGCUGACCGGCGUACUUGUCGGCAGUCUACUGCUGGCAGUCACCGUCGUCAUCGCCGUACUGUGGAGGUAG